CCAUGCAAGAGGGCAUCCGUUUCGCUUCCUCGGGAGAUGACAUUAAAAUAUGGGAUUCCUCCUCUCUGACUGUGCUGGAGCAGUUCAACCCACAUACACCCUCACAUCCAGUCAGCUCAUUAUAUUGGGCCAGCAAUAAUAGAUACCUGGUCACUGCUUCUGCUGCUGGUGAUAAAAUAGUUAUUUCGAGCUGUAAAAGCAAACCUGUUCCACUCUUUGAAAUAGCUGAAGGAGCAAAACAGACAUGUGUGAGCCUGAAUUCUAGUUCUUCGUGUAUUUUGAGUGGAGGCCUUGAUAACACUGUUAAUAUCUGGGAUCUGAAAUCCAGAAAGCUUUACCGUAGCCUUAAGGAUCAUAAAGAUGAAGUCACGUGUGUUACAUACAAUUGGAAUGAUUGCUAUGUUGCUUCUGGAUCUUUAAGUGGUGAAAUUAUCCUACACAGUGUUACUACCAAUUUAUCAAGUACUCCCUUUGGUUAUGGAAGCCGUCAGCCUAUUCGACACCUGAAAUAUUCAUCCUUUAAGAAAUGCUUGCUGGGCAGUGUUUCUGACAGUGGAAAUGUAACUCUGUGGGAUGUAAAUAACCAGAUACCAUAUCAUAAUUUUGAAAAUACUCAUAAAGCACCAGCUUCAGAAAUCUGCUUUUCUCCAGUCAAUAAGCUACUGCUUGUAACUGUAGGUUUGGAUAAAAGAAUUAUUCUCUAUGACACUUCAAGUAAAAAAUUACUGACAACAAUAGUAGCUGAUUUUCCUCUGACAACAGUAGACUUCAUGCCUGAUGGUACCACUUUGGCUAUAGGAUGUUCCCGGGGAAAAAUCUGCCAGUAUGACUUAAGACAACUGACAUCACCAGUGAAAACAGUUAUUGCUCACAAAGGCUGUGUGAAAUGCAUACGUCUGCAGUUCAGCAACACUUUUUCUAAGUCUAACCUUACCGGUUCUUCAAAUAAACCUGUAUCCAAAAAAGUAGAAGUCAAAGCUGGUAGUAAUCUUGGAGGAAUUCAAAAUACUGGUAUAAAAAACAUUGGCUCUCAAGCAUCAGCAACAGUUUUACCUCAUCUGACAUUGUCAAAUGAGAAUAAGGGAGGAGAGAUUCUUCAGGAGAAAACAGGUUUACCCCAUAGUUGCAGCUUGGAUGUGAUUCCAUCUAAAGAAACAGAUCAUGGGAAAAGUGCUGAUUUAACUAAUUUGGAUGGUUUGGGUCGAAGUAGUUUAGGAGAUGUUUUUUCUCCAGUCAGAGAAGAUACUGUUGCAAGUAAAGGGAAUGAAGAUCCUCAAGGAAAACGAGAUGUUCUGGAUUUUCAGUCCUACAGUGUGGGUUUGGAUUUUCUCCCACAGCUCGCCACUACCUUACCAGUAAAAAGAAGUCCAGUGGGCAGCAGUGCUCAAGGCAUACAGUCUAGCCCGUUACAUGCACUUGUGGGAUCUCCAGUUAAAGAAGAGGAAGAACAUCUAGGGACUGACACCAAGAAAAUAAGUCUUGGAAAACAAGAACCUAAAGAAGUCUUAAAGCAGCUUUCAAAAUCAAGCUCGUCAAGUUCAGAAUCUGCAAGUUCAAGUUCUCCGUCAUCAACCACUGUAAUAAAGGUUUCUAACACAAGUGAGAGACUAGUGAAGAAUAUUCAGGCCCAUUCUGCAUAUGAUCUACCAGUAAAUGGUACUACUUCAAUAAGUACAAAGAUAACAUCACCUGUUACUGCUGGAGUGGCCAGUUCAUUGUCAGAAAAAAUAGCAGAAACCAUUGGGAGUAGCAGGCCAAAUGCACCUCUGACAUCCAUCCAAAUAAACUUCAUUCAGAAUAUGAUACAAGAGACAAUGGAUGACUUCAGAGAAGCAUGUCAUCGAGAUAUUGUGAAUUUGCAAGUGGAGAUGAUCAAGCAGUUCCAUAUGCAGUUGAAUGAAAUGCACGCUCUACUUGAAAGGUAUUCUGUAAAUGAAAGCUUAGUAGCUGAAAUAGAGAGACUACGAGAAGAAAACAAAAGACUGAGGACUCACUUCUGAAAGAUUUAUACUGCUAAUUUUAUUAGCAUGAGCUC